AUUCUUUCCUGGUUUCACUGGUUUCUGCAGGUCAGUUUCGUUCGCACUUCGCAGUCGUCAUUGUUCUAAUUAGUCAUCCAUUGUUUCAUUUUUUUUAUCUCUUGAAGAUUAAAUCAUCAAUGAGACGAUAAAAAUAAAAGUUCGCGCAGUGUGAAUUUAGUGCUUAAAUUCGAGAAGAAAAAAGUGCGGCGUUUCGCAGUGUUUGAGUGUCUAACCUAAAAAAAAACAUGGACUUCUUACAUUUUUUCUUUGGCAGAGAAUGCGACGAUUGCUGUCGUUUUUCUCAAUAUCGAAAAACUGUUUUCAAGAAACAUCCAUCCGAGGAGCAAAUAGACUUUUUCUAUCCAAACGCAUGUCAAGUGUGUGGACGUCUGGGAAAUUUAAUUCGUUGCGCGAAAUGUCAAAUGAUCAACUAUUGCGGUAAACAACAUCAAACUGAACAUUGGCAUUUGCAUAAAUAUUUUUGCACCCUAAUCGCCGAUUUACGUAGGAAAAACAGUUUCCUCCGCAAUGCCAAGGAUCGUAAAUUAGAGACGUGGACAAAUGCAAAAAUCGCCUCGAUAAAUAGUGUUUCAAAAAAACUCGGACGCACACUCACGUCGUACGAGGAAAAAGUGAUAAAAUUCACGCGCUCCUGUUGCAUUUGUCACGAUAUCGAUCAACGUAAUCUGAUAAAUUGUCCGAAUUGCGCGAGUGUUAGUAUUUGUCAUUCGCACAAAAGUCGUUUUCAUGAAAUUCAUUCCGCAGAGAAAUGCGCAAAUUUCCAACUUUGCUAUCAAUUGGAUCGCGAGAAACUUCAAUUGGCCAAUGAAAAGGCGGAAAUGAAAAAAAAUCCAAAGGUUGAUAAAAAAAAGAAAAAUGACAAAUACGAAAGUGAUUCCGAAUAUUCCAGUGACGAUGAUGACGAUGAGGAUUCCGAUGACGAUACCGAUACCGAUUCCGACACAACCAGUGAUUCCGAUGACAAUUCCGAAAAAUCAAACAUAAAAAUAACGGAAUUAAAAACCCCGCCUAUGAAUUUAGUCCCGUAUUUCGAGAAUUUGCCCAAAUCCACGAAAAACUUUCUUGAAUUUCUUUCAUUUCCGCUCUUAAAUAACAUGAGAGGAAACGAUUUUGAAAUUCCGGAUUUAUUUCUAAAGCCAUUGAGUGUAUUUCGUUCGUUGCAAAUUUUGGAACAAUUGAACAAUCAAGAAUUAACGAUUCAUUUAAUUGACGAGGAAAUAAAUGAUCUGGAAACGUGUGAUUUUUGGGAAGCACUAUUUCACUUGAUGCCGAAUUUAAAAUCAUUGAAAAUUAUCAUUUUUCAUGAGGAAUUUUCGAAACAACGUCUAAGUCCAAAAUUAUGUGAAAAAUGCACAGAGACGGAGAAAACAUUAUUGUUUGAAUUAAAAGCAUUCAGUUACGUUGAUUAUUGUAAUGAUAAAACAUUUUUAAUGCCUAAUUUAGUGAUUGGAUUUUUGACAUUAUUGAAAUUGAAAACAAAUGCACUGAAAGCAAUUGCGAAUUUGAAAACUGUUCCAUUGGCAUUGACGAGUAAUUGUGAAAAAUUGGCGAGAGAUAAUAAUAAAUUUGUUGAGAAAUUGUUUGGAAAAUCGGCGAAUCAUCAUUUUUAUGAGGAGAAUUUAUUUUGUGGCUUGAAACCAAUUUUGGAUUUUAAAACUGAUGGAUUUUAUUUUGAGAAUCAGUUUUUGACGAUUUAUAAGGGAUUCAAUGAGAGCGAAGUAAAGAGGAAAAUGAAUGGAAUCAAAAAAUAGAUUUGUUUUUGGAUUUUCUGGAAAAUUUAAAAGCAAAGUAAAAUACUGAGGCUAAAGCUGAGUCAAAAGUUUACAAAGAUGGAAGAAUGAAAAUUUUUACAUUCUGGAUAUAUAUUUUAACAAUAUCAGGAUCGACAUUAAAGAAAUCAAGAAAUUUUUGCAUUUAAAAUUUACUAUUUUAUAACUUUUAUAAUUAAAAUUUGUUUAAAAGUUUAUUUUUUCUUAAGAAAAGGAAAAAAAAAAGUUUUGCUCGUUAAAUCAAGACUGAUAUACAAUUUCAAUGUUAAUUGAAAAAGAUUUUCUUAGCUGUUAUAAGCAUUAAGUUAUUAUAAUCGUACGUGUAAUUGUUUACGUUAAAUUUUCGUUUGUUCUUAGUUUCAAAUGAAAUAAUUUCAAAAUUGUUUGAAAAAAAACUUUUAUGUUUAAAACAACGAGUGACAAAAGUAUUUAAAUAAGUUCAAGUCAAUUUUGUUGAUUUUCUUAAGUUUUGUUAAUUUAAGAUGGCAUUUUUUUCGCAUUCUAUUUUAAAAGUAUGAAUUCUAAAAAAAUUACUUUUUAAGUAAACGAAAAAUUUUGUUUUAAAUGUUUUCCUUAUUUUCUAAUAAAAAUUAUGUUUAAUUGCUUUUUUCUGUAAUUAUAUGUUAUAAUUAGAAGACAAUUAAAGAACAUUUUUUAAAUA